AUUUGUCACUUCUUAAUCUUUCUUCUUUUCUAUAAAUUUAAAAACUAUAAUGGCCACCUUAGAAGAUAAGUCACUUUGGGACAACCAACCAGAAGAAGAGGAUGAUGUAGGACAAGACAUUCUUCGUUUAGCUCCUGAAGAAGUAAAUAACAGAACCAGAUUAUUAGAAAACGACAUCAAGGUAAUGAAAUCCGAAAUCGUUCGAAUUCAACACGAGCAAAAUGCCAUGAAAGAAAGAAUUAAGGACAACAAAGAAAAGAUUAAAAUGAAUAAACAAUUACCUUAUCUUGUUGGUAACGUCGUGGAGUUACUUGAUGUUGAUCCAGAGGAGGAUGAAGAGGAUGGUGCCAAUGUUGAUUUAAAUUCCCAAAGAAAGGGAAAGUGUGCAGUCAUCAAAACCUCUACGCGUCAGACAAUCUUCUUACCCCUGAUCGGUUUAGUUGAUGCUGAUGCUUUAAAACCUGGAGAUCUAAUUGGUGUCAACAAGGAUAGUUUCUUAAUUCUCGAUACCUUACCUGCAGAAUACGAUUCUCGAGUAAAGGCUAUGGAAGUCGACGAGAAACCCACAGAAGAUUAUAACGAUAUUGGUGGUUUGGAUAAGCAAAUUGAAGAAUUAGUUGAAGCUGUAGUUUUACCAAUGACACAUGCGGAUAGAUUCAAGAAUCUUGGUAUUAAACCUCCUAAGGGUGUCUUGAUGUACGGGCCUCCUGGUACCGGUAAGACAUUAUUAGCAAGAGCCUGUGCCGCACAAACCAAUUCUACAUACUUGAAAUUGGCUGGUCCUCAAUUAGUGCAAAUGUUUAUUGGUGAUGGUGCUAAAUUGGUUCGUGAUGCUUUUGAAUUGGCUAAAGAGAAAUCACCCACAAUUAUUUUUAUUGAUGAGUUGGAUGCCAUUGGUACUAAGCGUUUUGAUUCUGAGAAAUCUGGUGAUCGUGAAGUUCAACGUACCAUGUUGGAAUUAUUAAAUCAAUUGGAUGGUUUCUCUUCAGAUGACCGUAUUAAAGUUAUUGCCGCUACAAAUCGUAUUGAUAUUUUGGAUCCUGCAUUGUUGCGUUCGGGUCGUUUGGAUCGUAAAAUCGAAUUCCCAUUACCCAAUGAAGAAGCAAGAGCUCGUAUUAUCCAAAUUCAUUCCAGAAAAAUGAAUGUCAGCAAAGAUGUCAAUUUUGAAGAAUUAUCCAGAUGUUGUGAUGAAUUUAACGGUGCUCAGUGUAAGGCUAUUUGUGUAGAAAGUGGUAUGCUUGCUUUACGUCGUGGGGCCUUAGAGAUCCUUCAUGAAGAUUUCAUGGAGGCUAUCCAAGAGGUUCAGGCCAAGAAGAAGAUGACAUUACAAUACUACGCUUAAAUAAAUCUCGGUACAUAUACAUAUAUAAAAAAAAAAAUCGACACCGUACGUCUACUCUCAAAUGGAAUAAUUUUCAAAAUUAAUUUUGAACACACUGUGAAGUUAAUGGACAAAUAGGGACUUUGUUUAAGUAGUUUUUGCAAUGGUGAGAUUGGGGGACAUUAUAACAGGUUUUCGUUACCCUUUGAGGGACUGUUUUAAACUCCAUAAGCUGACUACGCUUUACUUUAUGCUUAACUGUAGCACAGAUCUGCUUAAUGCAACCCGAUUCUACAGAGGAAGAUAUGCGCG